CAAGGCAUUAAGAAGGCGGAGCUUGGAGCAGCGGCAGAAAUUGACUAUAUAUUCAUAAACGAUGCAAAGCGCCGUAAGAUCGACGCAACAAAAUUAAAAAACUCGACGUGUUCAACUAGAGGUCGCUACUUAACAACAACGGCUGAAUUUAAAUUUUACGGUUGGGAAAUGUUGCCCGAGCGCCAAACAGCCGCUGGUCCUAACUUUCGCUAAUUCCAAUGGUGUCUAGUACUUGGCGCCCUCGAGGACUCCUUUAUCCUGUGACUCGAUUGGCAUCGUUUUUAAAUAAGUGUCAAGUGUUUCGCGUAUAAACUCAGUGUCUAAAACUUCCAAUUUGUUCCGAGUUGUGAUAUGUUCUUUAGUUAUGUUAUUGAUUACUCUAGGCACUAAUUUAUCAAAGGUCAAAAAUUGAUUUUCGUUUCAACUGUUCAAUAACUAGGGUUGUUUUCGUCUACUAAUUUCGUUGUUUAAUUUUUCCGAAGUUUGUCCAGACUCAGUUAAUAUUUAUUUAAGAUGACAGAUGAUUUAGUAAAAGUAGCUGUGAGGAUAAGACCUAUGAUACAGUCAGAACUUGAUAAAGGUUCUCAAACAUGUCUUAAUGUUAUUCCUGGGCAGCAACAAAUACAUAUUCCCUCAGCUGAAAAAGCAUUUACAUUCAAUUAUGUAUUUGCUUCAGAUAGUUCACAAGAACAUUUUUAUAAUUCUGCUAUUAAAAAUAUGGUAUCCAAUAUUUUUGAAGGAUACAAUGUAACUAUUUUGGCUUAUGGUCAAACUGGAAGUGGCAAAACAUUUUCAAUGGGUACCAAUUACAAUGAAAAUGAUGCAAAUUGUGGCAUUAUUCCUAGAGCUGUUCAUGAUAUUUUUGAACAAAUUGGACUAAAAAAAGAUUGGGAUUUCACUGUAACUGUUUCUUUUAUGGAAUUAUAUAAAGAGCAACUGUAUGAUUUACUUUCGAAGAAACCUCGUAAUCAAUGCGCUGUUGACAUUCGUGAGGAUGUCAAAGGAAUCAGGAUUGUCGGUUUAACAGAAGUGCCAGUUAAUGAUACAGCAAGUACAUUACAAUGUUUAGCUGAGGGCUCUUUGUGUCGAGCCACUGGUGCUACUGCAAUGAAUGUGCAGAGCAGUAGAAGUCAUGCCAUUUUCACAAUAUCUGUUAAACAAGAAAAAAAGAAUGAACCGGAUUCCGCAAAGUUUGCCAAAUUUCAUUUGGUAGAUUUAGCUGGAUCUGAAAGAAGUAAAAAAACACAAGCUACAGGGGAAAGAUUUAAAGAAGGUGUUAAUAUAAACAAAGGCCUCCUAGCACUUGGAAACGUCAUUUCACAACUUGGAGAAAAUGGUAAUUCUUCCUAUGUUGGAUACAGGGAUAGUAAGCUUACUCGGUUGUUACAAGAUUCACUUGGGGGAAACUCUGUAACGCUCAUGAUAGCAUGUGUUAGUCCUGCUGACUAUAAUAUAGAAGAAACAAUAAGUACUUUGAGGUAUGCGGACCGUGCCAAAAAGAUUAAAAACAAACCCAUAGUCAAUCAAGAUCCACACAUAGCUGAAAUAACAAAUCUAAAAAAGAUAAUAAAAGAAUUGCAAUCAGCUUUGUACACCAGUCCUGAUGUGAACAAUGGAAAUAGUUGUCCUCCAGAACAUCAAGAACUUGUAGAGAAAAAUCGAUCACUUCAGCGAAAACUUAGAGGACUCACUGAAACUUUAAAUAGUAAUCUAGCAGAAAUGGUACAUAUGCAUGAAAUAGCUGAUUUAGCUGAACAAUCUAGGGAGCAAUUUAAAACCUCUAUUGCUGCUAUUUUGGAAGAUUGCGAAAAUUUAUUAAAGGAAUUUGAUAGUGACUCUUCUACGAUGGAAAGUCAAAAAACCAAAUUAGAAAAUAUUUGCUUUAAAAUAAUGGCUAUUCAAAAAGAGCAGAAAGAAGCAAUAGACAAACUUGUUACUUAUGAACUAUCCAUGGAAUGUAACAAUGAUUUGAGUACCAAUUCAGAAAUCUUGUCUAAUAGCAUAGAAAAUCCAAAUAUACACAAUGAGACAUAUGAUUUAGAUGAAAAACAUGAAGAACAUACUUUACAACAAGCAGAAAGAGUUGAGGAUGUUCAAUAUAUUAAUAGACAAUUAGCUAUAAAAGAAGAAUUGGUAUCUAAUUUGCUGAAAAAUUCUUCUCAAGUAGCAGAGUACCAAAAAGAGUUGGAUGAAAUGGAGCAAGAAAUUAAAACUUUGCAUGCUGAAAAGGAUGAACUGUUACAACAAUUGAAAAAUGUUCAGGCUAAUAAUGCUAGUGCAAAAUUGGCAGAAGCACGACGUAAAAAAGUACAGGAGUUAGAGAAAAAAAUUGCUGAAUUGCAGAGAAAAUGUCUUGAACAAAAUAAAGUAAUCAAAAAUAAAGAAAAAUCUGAUAUUCAAAUAAAAAGUCUAUCCAAUGAGAUAACGAAUCUCAAACAAACCAAAGUGAAAUUAAUCCGAAGUAUGCGUUCUGAAACUGACAAAUUUAAUAAAUGGAAAAGGUCAAGAGAACAGGAGCUUGUGAAAUUAAAAGAUCAAGAUAGAAAACGACUUAAUCAAAUCAACAAAAUGCAGGCUGAGCACAACAAACAAAAGAAUGUGUUCAGAAGAAAAAUGGAAGAAGCUCAAGCUAUUCAAAAAAGACUAAAAGAUGCCUUGGAUUUACAAAAGCGUGCAACUUUGAGAAAAGAGAAAACUGCCAAUGCAAAAGAUGAUAUUCACGCUUGGGUAACACAAGAGCUAGAAGUAUUACUCAGUACAGUUUAUGCAGAAUGCACUCUCAAUAAACUGAAAAAAGAUAAAGCUGUAUUUGCCAAACAAUUGGCUGAAUUGCAAUUACAAAAGGAAUCUCAACCGUCACAGUCAAAUCAAGCUCAGAUUUCAGAACUAAUGGAAUUUGUCGAGUUGAGGAAUAAACAAAUUAAAAAUUUAGAACAAAAUAUUCAAGAGUCUAAUCAAGAAAAUAGAGCUAAAACGAGGUGGCAGUCACUAUCUUCUAUGACUGAUGCUAAAGAAGCUCUGAAAACCUUAUUUGAUAUUACAGCAGCAAAGGGGAAAGACUUUAGUUUGCUUCAAUCAAAAUACAAUGACUUGGAGGAAACUGUAGAAAAAAUGAAGGCUCAAAUUGAAAAAUAUGAAAUUAGAGAAUCUAAUUCAAAAUUACGAAAAAAAGAUUUGGGUUUACCAGAGCAGAGAGAUGAUUUAUUGGACGAUUCCGAAAAAGAUACACAAAUUGAACAAUUAAAACAACAAGUUGAAGAGUAUAAACAAAAGAUUGACAUUUUAGAAAAUAGAAUUCUAACUGAACGUGAUGGCAAUUCAAGGGAGUCAAGACACAAUAAGAACCCAAAGCCAAAACCUAAACCUCUAACAGAUCUCUAUGAAACUUCAUUUGGUUUUACAGAUGAAAGCAUGAUCAAUGAUGAUGAUGAUGAAAAUGAUCCAGAUUGGACAAAAACUCCUUUAUACAGUAGGAUUCAAAAGCUUGAGAAAACAACAAAAAAUGUUGGAAAGGACACUACAGCUGUGCCAAUGAAAAGAUCAUUUAGCGGGGAGGUAAAAUGUUCUUGUAAAACUCACUGUUCAUCUAGACUUUGUACGUGUAGACGCAAUGAAGUAUCUUGUGGAAAUUGUAAUUGUGAUCCAAACUUAUGUCAAAAUCAAUUUACUGAAAAUACGCGACGUACUCUUUUCACAGAUGUGAAAACUGAACAAGAACUUGAGAAUGGUGAAAUGAAAAAGAUUAAAUUGGAAAUCAAAUCGGAAUAACGCAAUUUCACUGUUUAUUGUUAUUUAAUUAGAAGUUAAUUAAGUCUUUUAAGAAGUGAUGAAGCAUGAUAUUGUGGAGAUCAAAUUCUACUGUUAUAAUAUUUAGGAAAAUAAAGCUUAGCUUUACCAAUAUUUUGUCAAGCAACUAUCAUAACAAAUACAAUGUUAAAAUUGUUAAAUAAGGAAUUAAAAAAUUUUUCUGAAUAAAAUUUUUUUUGUAUUUUUAAAA